CAACUCUAACACAAAUUGUACCGCGGUACCGCGGACAUCGAUAUUCGAUAAUAAAACAUUGUAGUACGUACGUAGGGAAUGUAUUUACGUUCCAAACUUUUAUAUUUUGUGACUGUGUUUGUCCCGAGACCUGUUUACUCAGUGCACAUGGCCUAAAAUGUUUUGGGCAGUCAUUCCGCAGCUAUAAUUCAUACAGCACAAACCUGCCUUCGCGAAAGUUAUUUGCCUCGAGUCGCCGCGUCAGCCAAACACAAUGAAAGUAACAGUGACUACUCUCAACGAUGAAAUAUUUGUUUUGGACGUCUCAGAAGACCUGGAACUGGAGAAUUUUAAAGCAUUUUGUGAAAUAGAAUCAGGUUUCCCUGCAAAAGAUAUCACAUUGAAUUUCAAUGGCAAGCCUCUUCUGGGAGACAAAAAGUCGCUCAAGGAACUUGGUGUCCACGAUGGAGACGUCCUGGUAUUGAUUCACAUGCUACACUCGGCCUCUAACCUCAAUGUGACUGACGCUAAUCAAGCUUUGCCAACCGGCUUAGCAAAUCUUGAUUUCAGUAGCAUUCAAGUUCCAUCAAGAGCUGGUCCGUCAAUGGCCACAAAAAAUACACCAGUUGAAGAAGAUCCACGUAUCAUCAGGGAAAUGUUCUUAGCAAAUCCUGAUCAACUUGCAUUACUUAAACAGAAUAAUCCCAGAUUAGCAGAAGCUCUUCUUAGUGGCAACCUCGAUACAUUUGCUGGUGUUCUCCACGAACAAUUGUUAGCAAGGACUGAGCGUCAACAACAAAGAAUAAGGAUGAUGAAUUCUGAUCCCUUUGACACGGAGGCCCAAAGAAUGAUUGCAGAAGAAAUUAGACAGAAAAAUAUUGAAGCCAACAUGGAGGCAGCCAUGGAGUAUAAUCCGGAGACAUUUGGAACUGUUGUUAUGCUCUACAUUAACUGUCAUGUCAAUGGAUUUCCUGUCAAGGCGUUUAUAGACUCUGGAGCCCAAACAACAAUUAUGUCAGCUGCUUGUGCUGAGAGGUGCAACAUUAUGCGAUUGGUUGAUACUAGAUGGGCGGGAAUUGCUAAAGGCGUAGGUGUACAAAGAAUUAUUGGCCGCAUCCACAUGGUUCAGAUGAGAAUUGAAAAGGAUUUCCUUACUACAUCUUUCUCUGUGCUCGAAGAACAGCCAAUGGAUAUGUUAUUGGGACUGGAUAUGCUUAAGAGACAUCAGUGCAAUAUCGACCUUAAACGCAACGUACUACGGAUUGGCACUACGGGCACGGAGACCCAGUUCUUGCCUGAGGCCGAUCUGCCGGAGUGCGCUCGACUCUCGGGCAUCUCCGAAGAUGACAUCAUCAAUCAGUCCGUUAAAGAAAGCGAGGAACGGCAAAUGAAGGAAGCUAUUGAAAAAUCUAAGCAAGGAGACAGCAGUCCCGGUACCUCGAGCAAGCCAGCUGACAAACCCCAGGUGCCUUCCAGCGCGCAACCCAUGACAGGCCCACAAAGGAUCAAUUUGAGCAACCCUGAGGAGAGUAUCUUACCGUCGGAUCGAUUUGGAGAAACUGAAGUUGAGGAGAUUGUUGCUCUUGGAUACUCUCGGCGCCAGGCCAUACUUGAACUGAGGCGUUACAACGGAGACAAGACCAAAGCGAUCCUCGCUCUGGUCGCCAAGACCCUCAAGUUCUGAUGUCGACCUGCGAAGCACCCUCGCCUCUCGUCUUAAAUAGCCGCUGUAAGCGGACUAAACUUGUAUUAUAGUUAGUGUGACGACAAAAUCUAAAUCUGUUGUGUUUAUGGCUCGCGCGACUUUUUCGCCCCACGGUUUUGAUCUUGUCUUAUCACACAAUGAUUGUCGUUACUUUUGCGAUGCGAGGUUAAUAACUAAUUGAGUGUGUGCAGUUGGCGAUCACCUGAAUUAAUAAAUGUUUGUGGAACAUGUUGCGUUGUUGGUUAGAAGUAGACAGAAGAAUGACUGUAUGCAUUUGGAUGGAAUUUGUCACAUAGAUAGACUAAGCUCUCAAUUAACGUAUAUGCUAGUUUUGUAAUAUUCCCGAAAAAAUGCUCAGUGGGAUUUUUAUAAAGGGAAAGGACUUUCACACGGGCAAAACGUUGUUUAAUAAAGUCUAUAUUCAAUAACUUUUAUUAAUCCGAAGUUGACACUAACACCCAAUACAUUGACACGGUGAGAUUGCGUCGAAAAAAGGCAAUAUCGCGCCUUCUUGAGUCUGUUGGAAGUUAAAGGUCAACUUAGUCGAUUAAAGAUUAGGGUAAACAACACUGAAUGUAAUAGGAAUAAUAUAAGAUUAUGAUAUUUAGCAUUGAAAAGUUUUCAAUCAUGUUGUGUCAGUUAAUGUAACAGUAACUGAUGUAAAAUAUAUAAAGAACCAGCAUUUCAAAACUAGACAAAUAUGCAUUAUAUAUGAAGUAUAUAGUUUAUUAUUGAAUUUUGAUGGCCAAUGUUGAAUAAUUUUUAUGUACUGCCCACAAAUACCGGAUCCAGACUGAGUAUACGUACGUUAAAGAUAUUAAACAUUUAACGAGCGCGUACACAUCUCGCUACGCGGACUGUUUUAAAUAUGACUAAAUGUCUGCAUUUUAUUGUAAUAGUUUAUAAGCAUAUCGUUUAGGAUAGUAAGUACGAGCAAACAGGGGUGACCCGUGAACGCGGCGUCUAGUUAUAAACAAUACUAGCGUAGUUACACGACUUAGUAGUUUCUAGAAUUUGUAGAUAGCAACAAUGUUUAUUUCUAAUGACUAUUGUAUCCUAUAAUGUUUGUUUCUUGAUUGUCUGCUCCCAAACGAUUAUGUUUCGUCCACCAAUGAAUUUGCUACUUGAUGCAUAAUUGAAAAAAAUGUAUUUCUUCCUACUAUUUAAUUAGGAUUUUAUUUAUUUUGGUGUGAACAUGUUACAACGACGGAAACACUAAGGAAUCCAGGGAGCCAAAGUACUAAAAGGACUUAAUAAUGUAUCAAGUAGGUGAAUCAUUAUAUUUUUGCCUAGUGGACUAGAGUGACUGCUCGAUGUCACACUUCUGAUUACUAAAACACGAAUGGCACAAACUGUUAACGUUGUUAUAAUUCUUUUAAUUAGGUUUCUUACUAUUUUCCACAAUGGUCUGUUGUUAAUUGAAUCACCUUUUAGAAUUUCACUGUUGUAGUUAACCUUUUUACACAUUGAUAAUAUUCUUAUUACUCCACACAAAGUAAAUUUUCUUAUGUUAAGGUUAGGUUAGCAUGUUGGGUAAAAGGGAGCAGAUGGGCUUAACUUUAUACUAAGUAGUUAUUUGUUAACUUCUUGCACUUCGAUUUCUUAUGUUUACGCGAUUGUUAGACAUUAAAAUAAAUUUAUUUUACGGAUUUUAUCGCAGUUUUUUAUAUAAUAAUUUUUUGAAAUGUAGGUAGAUAUGGUAACCUUGACUCUUCGGAUGACCAACAUCUCAGUCCGCCUCGUGACCAAGAAGGCUGCAAAGUCUACGAAAGAUCGGAAUGAAAGGAGAAAAUUAUUAUAUAAUAAACCGCGGCAAAAGCUGUAAAAUAGUUCUUGCACUUCGAUAAGCGUUGCAAUUAGGGUUGCCACCUAUCGUGAUCGCAUUUUCUACAUCAGUUUAUUUCACUUUCAAAUACUUUACCACACAUUUCUUUAUUUUGUUUUUAAAGUACAUGUAUAAGUAGGUUAACUAAAGCUUGCACACUCAGUGAUCACACCAAUACGAUAGUUGAAGCGAUGAAUAGAUGCAACAAAACAUCAUGCUAUAUUUUUAUACUUUGUUAAUGGGUUGUUAUAACUACAGACAUAUAUUUAUUCACAGACAAUUCGCACACGCACCAUAUGAAUGUGUUGUACGCGCUAGCUUUAUAUAAUCGCCUUACGUAUUCAUAAGUUAGCUAUAUAUUUUUGGCAACCCUAGAUGCUAUAUAAAUGGGUUUUAUAUGUUAGGAAUUAGCGAAAUUGGGUUAUUUUAUUAUAAUAUGAUACAUAGGCUUAUAAGAGGAAUUUAAUAUAAGCUCAUAGAAUCCAACACAGUAAUGGAGUUGGAAUAUUUUUGUGCGUUUGGAAUAUGUACCUACUGUCUAUUAAUUGUAAUAAAGCUUUCCUUCUAUACGUUGA